AUGGGCCCGCAGGAGGCUGACGCUCUGGGCAUCCGCACUGGCACCCUACCUGCCUGCAAGGAGCCUUCCCUCCAGAGAGAGGCACCUGACACGCGUGGAUUUCAGAGAAACACCCGCCGUGCCCGGGGGAACCCUGAGAAGCCCUUGUCCAGCCGGGCCAGGGGGGAUCCCUGUCUAGGUGGAGAACCCUCACAGCGCCCCACUGUCCUCACCAGACGCCGGAGGACCAGAGAGAAACGCCUUGAGUGCGGUGCGGUCGGGCAGCUGGGCGGCCCCGAGGAGGAGACCCGCAGCCAGGAAGCCUUCCUGGACUGUCUCCACUGCGGCCGGGCCUUCGUCCGAGAAGCGCACCUCGCCCAGCACCUCCAGGACCACGAGGCCACCUGCGCUCUGUCCCCCGAGCGGCCAGGAGCCCCCAAGGUGUACUGCGUCCGCUACGUGCCACAGCACAGGUACGUGAGCGAGAGGGCCAAUCAGUGCUGCGACUGCGGCAAGACCUUCCGACGGAGCUCCCACCUCAGCCAGCACUACCGCGUCCACGCGCAGGACAGGCCCUUCCAGUGCCAGCUGUGCGGCCGCUGCUUCAGCCAGGCCUCCUACCUCACGCUGCACUACCAGCUUCACUCCCAGGAGAAGCGGUGA